AAUAAAUGAUGUUUUAAAUAAUUUUAAUGAGAUUAAAGUUAAUUAAAAUAAUACAAGUAAAUGCGAUAUAGUAAUGGAUGAAAAUGCCACCCUGGCUGCUUUUGUAAUUGGUUUUGAAAACUGUGCGUGCAUAAAUGGAAGUGAAGUUUUGGACUUGCGUCUUGCUGGUCCAGGUACAUUUGGUGAUUCAGGUGAAAGGGCAAAAGAGUACGCAUCAACAGACGCGACCAGAUGACAGCACAAGCAAGGCGGAAGCUAAAGAUUACGAACACAAACCUUUAGAUUUUCUUGUCAAUCAUCACAAGAACCCAACGAAUGAUUAUUUUUUACCUCCCGUUUAUAAUCCUAAUGAAGAAAAUGACGAAGACGAAGAAGAUGACAGUACUUAUGUAGAUUAUUACGAAGCUAAAGAAAUCAAUUACAAAGAUUCUCCUGAAGCAACUCCAAGAAGUGAUAAACAAGACGUUUUGAAUUUAGAUGAUAAAAUACCAUUACAUUCGACCAAGGACAACCUGCCUAUAUUUUUGUUAGAACCAGAAAAUACUUAUGUUGUUAAAAAUAAACCAGCGACACUGAAGUGUCGAGUUGCAAAUGCUUUAGAAGUAUACUUCAAAUGCAAUGGAAUUAAAACCCAAGCUCUUAACUUUGAGUUCGUUGACCCACAAACAGGAGUGAGGAUAAUAGAAGGAGAGUACAAAGUGACAAGAGAGAACUUCGACGAGUAUUUUGGUGACGAAAAAUACCAGUGUUCUUGUUUCGCUUGGACCAGCGGUGGUCAUAUUAGGAGUCAGCCUGCUACUAUUGAACUUGCCUUCAUAAAGAAGCAAUUCUCAGUGGCACCUGAGACUCAGUUGGUGAAGCAGUAUUCACCUGUGACCUUCCGAUGUGAGCCACCACCAGCCGCGCCAUACGCUCGUGUGUACUGGCUUAAAAACGGAGCUCCAAUAGUAACGGACGACAAUGUGCAAGUGUCUAAACAUGGAGAUUUGUACAUCAAAAAGGUGUCACUGUUGGAUAUGGCAAAUUAUACUUGCGUGGCAGAAAACUUAGCAGGAAAGCGAAUAUCUGACCCUGCUCAGUUGAAAGUUGUUGUAAACGGAGGAUGGACGACGUGGUCAGCUUGGAGCGACUGUUAUUGUGGUCAGAGGGAGAGGUCAGGGAGGAGGCGAGAGAGGUCAUGUACAGCACCACCUCCCCUCCACGGGGGACUACCAUGUGUGGGACCAGAGGAACAGAAGACGCAGGACUGCAUAGAUUGUGAUAUAGAUAUGUAUGUUGAUGGAAUAGACGGCUUAGCCGAUGAAUCAACAGGUAUAUCUUUAGAUCGUUGGUCACAAUGGUCAGAGUGGUCACCGUGCGACUCAGACUGUCUCCAGUCCAGAAGGCGGCGCUGUCUCAGCAGCUCAAGAAAGCCAUGCGUUGAUGCUGAUUAUCAGGUCGUGCAAUGUCCUAUGUGUGUGAGAACUUCCAAGUCCGCACUGAUUCAUGAUGGAUCUUCGUAUUGGCCUCUACUUAUAGCAUUGUCAAUUGCAUUUCUUAUAUUAAUUGUUGUUGUUAUAUUGGGAAUAAAAUAUAUGAAAUUUAAGAUGGCUGAAAAUUCGCCGUAUGUUAAACCGCCUUCAGGUACAAAUUACUUCGGAAACGUGAUAAGACGUACGCUGACCAACCAACCGGACCUGACGAUACACGAGGAGUUCCACACGAUGGACUCACGACGCACGCGCAGACAAAUGAGCACGUCGACAAACGCACGAAACGAGCACCUUUACGAAGUACCGCAAUUGGCUAAUAGUUACAUGUCACCAAUAGACCAUGAGGUAAGAAAUCAGGCCGAGGGCGACAGGAAUUUCGCUUGCAAGGAUAGCGUGGAGUUAGACCGAUCUGACUCCAGCUGCUUUUUGAGCUCGGGUUCAUCCUAUGGCAAUGAAAGUGUAGAAAUGUCAGGAUCUCUUCGCAACAACGCUUCUGUCGAUUCCAAAUUGCUUAACCCUCAACACUUGGAGACUGCGACCUCCAGAAUUGUGUCAGGCGAUGGAGGCUGGUUGAAUUUGGACAAAUGUGGGGCUAGUCUGUUUGUGCCAGAUGGGCUGGUCGAUAAAGAAGAGCUAUUCUCGAUUGAGGUCACCGAUGAAGAAUGGAACAGGCCAGUUCUGCGAGAAGGGGAAACUCAACUCAGCCCCGUAAUUCGCUGCGGCCCUAAGAACUUCCACUUCAGCAAGGGAGUCAUCUUGACAUUCCCUCACUGCGCAGCCCUCAAGCACACCAGCUGGCUCCUAUCCAUCCUGCAGAAACCCGAAGACAUCAACUCCAAAGAGUGGAGAAAAGUUCUGACGCUCGGCCAGGAGACCCCCGGGACCCCAAUCUUCGCCCAAGUCGACCCCUCUAAAGUUUUCCUUGUAAGCGAAUUUCUAAGCGACUUUGUUUUAGUUGGCCAAAGUUUCAGCGGUCUCGACGCCAAGUUAUUGAAAAUAGCCAUGUUUAUAUCGAAGAGAAUGGACGAUAAUUACUUCAGUUUGAAAGUGCACGUGAUGAAUGAUACGCCUUACGCUUUCCACGAGUGCUUAGAGAACGAAAGGCGCGUAGGCGGCACCCUGCUAUGCGAACCUAAAAUAGUUUAUUUCCAAGAGAGUUGCUCCGAUGUGUGCAUAAAUAUUCGAGAAGUGGGGGAAGGCUGGCGCAUACAGUCUGGGGGGAAAUACCAAGAACUGCCCUAUUCUCAAAUAUGGAACAUGAGCGUCAGAUCGGUGCAUUGUAUUUUUGUUCUACAACAAACUGAUUCUAUAAACUGUUUGGAACUAAACAUGAACGUGUAUCAGAAACAGAAGCAAUCUAACUCGGUCAAUUUCAACUUUAAAACGAAUGAUUUGAAUUCCAAUUUGAAUUUCAACAAACGGUUCAGCUACUCCGGCGUUUCGGUUGGCGGGACUGUCACUAUUGUAGAAAAUCCGUUCAAUUAUUCCUCGCUUUCGAAAAAGGAAAACCGAUACAACUUUGUGUUUAAAAACGAUAGUAUUUAUAGAAGUAAUUUUAGCACAGACAAUAAUUAUAGAACGAAUGCUUUGACUAAAUCAGAUAGGGUGAUUCUGUGCAAGUUGUUGGACUCGCAGACUUCGAAAGGGAACGACUGGCGUUUGUUGGCGGAAAAGUUGAAAAUAACCUCGUAUUAUUAUUACUUCUCGAACACGUGUUCCCCGACUGAAAAUAUAUUGAAUCUGUGGUUGUGUAGGAACAACGACGUUAAUAUGUUGGUGCAAUUGUCGAGAAUAUUCCGGGAGAUGUCUAGAAUAGACUGCGCCACGGUUGUUGAGAGACGAUGUUUCCCAAACUGAAUUUCAAGUAUUUAGUUUCGCUACGUUACGAGUUUAGUGUAGUUUAAGUAAGGCUUAUGUUUCACUGACGUAGAGCGGAGCGUAGGUAACACUUUUGUCAUAAAACAGCUAAUGUAUUCAUUCACUAAAUGAGGAUGACUUUCUUUACAGUAUUAAAGUAUUCUAUAA